AUGUCAAGCGCCGCCCAUGACUUUGGUUCCGACGAGAAGGGGAUCAUUCCCCAUGUCAUGGAUGAAACUCCCCUGGCUCGUGGCAUUCGCACCCACUCUGACGACGAUGAAGAAAAUGUCCGACGAGGCUCCCACUCUUCUCGCAAAUACUCGGUCGUCGCCUCUCUCAAGGCCAACUACGCUCUCGCUGAGACCCCAGGUUAUGCUGACAGUAUCAAAGUCACCUAUGACAGCACCCACCGAAAGCUGAAACCCCGACACAUUCAGCUCAUCGGUAUUGGUGGUACCAUUGGAACAGCCUUGUACGUUCAAAUUGGUCAUGGCCUGCUCAAUGGCGGCCCAGGAAGCUUGUUUCUUGCCUUCACGAUCUGGUGUACAUUCAUUCUCUGCGUUACCAACUGCAUGGCCGAGAUGGUUACGUAUCUGCCCAUUUCGUCCCCUUUCAUUCGAUUUGCCGGCCGUUACGUCGAUGAAGCCUUUGGUGUUGCCGCCGGCUACAACUUUUUCGUCUUCGAAGCCAUGUUGGUUCCCUUUGAAAUCGUUGCGUGUAACGUCAUCAUCCACUUUUGGAGCGACAUCGUCCCCGCCGGUGGUAUUAUUGCCAUUGUCAUUGUCUGCUAUGCCAUGAUCAACCUCUUCGCCGUUCAGUGGUACGGGGAGUCUGAAUUCUGGCUUGCUUUGGGUAAAGUACUUCUGAUCGUGGGCCUGAUUAUUUACACCUUCAUCGUGAUGCUUGGAGGGAACCCGUUGGGUGAUCGUUUCGGAUUCCGCUACUGGAACAACCCAGGAUCUUUCACCGAGCUUUACUAUGGAGGCUCCCUCGGUCGAUUCCUGGGUUUCUUGCAAUGCUUGAUCCAAGCCUCCUUCACCAUUGCAGGACCCGACUACGUUUCCAUGGCCGCGGGUGAGGCCGAGAAUCCCCGCAAAGUCCUCCCUAAGGCCUACAAAGCUGUCUUCUACCGUCUGACCUCCUUCUUUAUGCUCGGCUCUCUCUGUGUCGGGAUUUUGGUUCCGUACAACGACGCCGAGUUGACCGAGGCCUAUUCGACCGGAGCACCCGGUGCUGCCGCCUCCCCAUAUGUUGUCUCGAUGAAUCGACUCCGAAUUCAAGUACUUCCCCACAUUGUCAACGCCAUGGUGCUGGGUAGCGCGUUCUCGGCUGGAAACAGUUACGUCUACUGUGCGAGUCGUAGCUUGUUCGGUCUGGCUCUGGAAGGCAAAGCUCCUCGAAUUUUCACCCGAUGCACCAAGAAUGGUGUGCCCAUCUACUGUGUGGCCAUCGUCCUGUUGAUCAGCCUGUUGUCCUUUUUGCAAGUCAGCAAUAAUGCGUCGGUGGUGUUGAAUUGGUUCGUCAACUUGGUCACCGCAUCCCAAUUGAUUAAUUUCUCGGUCAUGUCGUACACGUUCAUCAAAUUCAAGAGAGCGCUCGAAGUCCAAGGUAUCGAUCGCAACACUCUGCCAUAUAAAUCAUGGUGGCAACCAUUCUCGGCCUAUUACGCUUUAAUUGGCACCUUCAUCAUGACUUUUGUCGGUGGAUAUACCGUCUUCCUCCCUGGUUUCUGGGACGUUCCAACCUUCUUUUUCAGUUAUACCAUGAUCGGGGUUUUCCCGACUCUCUUCUUUGGAUGGAAGUUCUACAAGAAGACAAAGUGGUUGAAGCCUGAAGAAGUCGAUCUCAGAAAGGAUAUGGAUGAGAUUGAAGAGUAUGAGAGAGACUAUGUUCCCAAACCACCAAGGAACGUAUUCAUGAAAUACUUUGACAAACUGUUCAGCUAA